ACUCACGCGGUCCUCAAAAAAGGGAAUCCAAAGCAAAGCGGGAACAACAGGCCCUCGUGUCCGUUAAUUUUUGAAUUUCAAAUAUGGAACAGCUCAACCCACUCUCUCUCUACAGUUCCAGAGCUCAUCCAUCGCUAACCAUUUCAGCUCCCAUUACUGUCUCUCACCAACACUUGUUCAAGAUCUCUCUCUAUUUGUCUCUGAAAACAUUUAGUUUCAGCUCUGUACGGCUCUAUUUAUUGAAAAGAAGAGUUUUUUUAGCUGAGAAUCUCAAGUUUCAAUCUUCUCAAUCAAUAACUAAUCAUUGAUGGGUGGUUCAGGAAAGUGGGUCAAAUCAUUAAUUGGUCUCAAGAAACCCACAAAAGACGACCAAGAGAAAUGGGGAUGUAAGAGCAAGAAAUGGAAGCUGUGGAGGAGUUCAUCAGGGGAUCUGGGGUCCAAAUUGACGGGUUUGAAAGGGAAUCAUAGGGGUGUUGCAUCAGAGGGCUCUGAUUCUUCGUUGGUCGCUACUGAUGCUUUUACAUCUGCUGUAGCUACUGUCGUCCGAGCUCUGCCUAAAGUUUUCAGGGUUGUGAGGCAAGAAUGGGCUGCAAUCAGGAUCCAAACUGCAUUCCGUGGAUUCUUGGCAAGACGAGCUUUAAGGGCCUUGAAAGGAGUGGUGAGGCUACAAGCCUUGGUUCGGGGUCAUCAGGUGAGGAAGCAGGCUGCUGUGACUCUGAAAUGUAUGCAGGCUCUUGUUCGAGUGCAAGCCAGAGUUAGAGCUCGUCGUGUGCGCAUGUCUAUAGAGGGGCAGGCUGUGCAGAACAUGCUAAAUGAACAUCGCAGCAAAGCUGAUCUCUUGAAACAAGCCGAGGAAGGGUGGUGUGACAGUGCAGGGACACUAGAAGCGAUUAAAACAAAGCUACAAAUGAGGCAAGAAGGGGCCUUUAAGAGAGAAAGAGCACUUGCGUACUAUCUUGCUCAAAAGCAAUGGAAAUCAACCCAGAAUUCAGAUUCGCGAACAAAUGUCUCGGUGUCCUCUUUCAAAAGCCACGAGUUUGAUAAGAAUAGCUGGGGUUGGAGUUGGUUAGAACGUUGGAUGUCUGCGAAGCCAUGGGAAAAUAGAUUGAUGGAAAAAGUUCACACUGAUCCCUCAGAGAUAACUCCACCUUCUAAAAGUGGUGCUAAUUCACUAGCUCAUUCUAGUCGUUUAAAAUCUUCUGAACCGUGCUCGGUAAAAGUCAGAAGAAACAAUGUUACCACAAGGAUUUCAGCGAAACCUCCCUUGGUUGGGCAAGUUACACGCUCAUCUUCAAGCCCAAGUUCUGAAUUUCGAUAUGAUGGGAGCUCAGCUUCAUCUUCAAUUUGCACGUCUACAACUCCUGUUUCUGGAAACACUGUCAUGGCUUCAGAUAGAACAGAAGAAAGGAAUAACAAUAGGCCGAGCUAUAUGAACGUCACUGAAUCGACUAAGGCUAAGCAGAGAAAUUUAUCUUACAGAGUUCAAAUGCAGUCCAUGGAUGGGUUUCAGUUUUUCAAGAAGUCAUCAGAACUUUGUAAAGAGGACUGAAAAAGCAGUGCUGGUUCUGAUCCUUCUGUCAAUAUGUCCAGGCCGCUCUGCCUGCCCACUGGAAUGGAAAAAAGCCGAUGAGACUAGGGAAGGAGAGAUAAUUGUUUCGAUGACUAACGUGAAUUGGUUCUUUGGUGUUGCAAAGCUCAACAGCUUCGUGUUCUUUUUAUAGCUCAGGAAGUAUGUUGCUUCAAAGCAACUGUACUAUGAGCUAAUUGGUACUGAAAACUUUGAUGAGGUGCAAUUUGAGGCCUCUUUCAUUCUGUAAAGUAGUGAGUUUGGUUGUGAAAUUUAACCGUUGCCUUUUUGUAUUA